UUCUAAAUGCAAAAAAUGGAUCUAUUGUGUUCGGAAAGUCUUGUAUGUGAUUCAGAUUUGUCAUUGUAUCGCAUUAACAAACAAACGCUUGCUGCGCCCAAAAUUAGAACUGAUCUCGCCUCGAUAUGCCCCUCUAUUACUUCUACUGGUGCUGGUAACGACGCAAUCGCAGUUUCAAGUCAACCCAACGUCUCGCCUAAUUCCGUCGUAUGCAAAAGGAGUGAAAUUGUUUAUAUAUAUACAGCAGAUUCAUUAAUCACACAAAACCAAUCACUCCAACUUCAAGAACAAGGUAUUAAGGAAAGAUUUACUCGCAGCUGCAGCAAGGAGCCUUCGGCUCUUCGACCUCAAGAGUGGCAGACUAAAUCCUACUCACGCGGUACAGAUCACGUCAAUACGGCUAUUGGAGAUCCUACUUUUAAAUCAGAUCGAUGUCUGGAAAAUGUGUUGAAAACUGAGGAAAAGCACCAAAAUAUAGUCGAUACAUAUUUUAUAACUGUGCAAAGAGAUAUAACUCCGGCAAUGCGUAAAAUUGUCGCUGAGUGGAUGAUGGAAGUAUGUGCCGAAGAAAACUGCCAGGAAGAGGUCGUAUUACUGGCAUUGAAUUACAUGGAUCGCUUUCUUUCAACUAAAUCAGUACGCAAGACCCAUCUUCAAAUUUUAGCUGCUGCCUGUCUUUUACUUGCUUCAAAACUUCGGGAACCCAGCUGUCGUGCACUCUCCGUGGAAUUACUAGUCGUUUAUACGGACAACAGCAUAUACAAGGAUGAUUUAAUUAAAUGGGAACUGUACGUGCUAAGCCGACUGGGAUGGGACCUUUCAUCUGUGACCCCCUUGGACUUUCUUGAUCUUUUAAUUAGACGAGUGCCAAUAAAUAUUACAAAAAUCCCUGAUAUAAGCUUUGCUAAAGUUAGACAACAUGCUCAGGCCUUUAUAUCGAUGGCAGCCAAAGAACAUCAAUUUGCAAAGUACCCAGCUAGCACAAUAGCAGCAUCGAGUAUAGCCGCUUCAAUGAGUGGGCUAAAAUGGCAUCUACGCACAGGCCAUAAUCUUCCCUUUUUAUUAGGUCUACUUACGGACUUAACCAGCAUCGAACAAGUUCAACUGCAAGAGUGUAUGUUGCAUAUGGAGACCAUUUUUGAAGAGCACAGUCGCAACCUACAGCCGUUUUUUGUUGACAUUGAACCUCCUAACUCUGCAAAAAUGUACUGCCAGAGACGUUAUCAGACUCAUCCAAACCAGCAAUAUCAUCAGCAGCGCCCGCAACGCAUGAGGCAAAUGCCAAUACCCUCCUUAACAUUUACUACUGCUGACGCCAACGCUGAUCAAAAUUGCUUUAAGGCUACCCUACCCUAUCGGACGCAAACAUUUAAGAUUCUAGGGCAGGCUAAAAAUGAGUUACAAGACAUACAAUUUUGAGAAAAGUAUUUUUUGAGCCAAUAUACUAAAUAUUAGUAUUUAAAUAUAUAUUAGUUUCCUCCAAGUCCUUGUAAAUUAAAUUACACAUAAAAAAGAAGAAUACAUAAUAAUUGACGUUAUUAAAUUUUUUUUUUAAGUCUA